AUGGACAACGAGCAUCAGGCGCAGCACGCCGAACAAUCGCACCUCCCGCCCCACAUCGAACGCUCUCAGUCCAGUUCAUCCUCCUCUUCGGUUGACCACGAACAUGAUGAGCACCAAAUCCACCAGCCGACACCUAUCCGCCCUCGUCUGCCUAGCCGUAAGAGCAGCGGCCCACUGGUCGUGCCCCGGGACAGCUCGGCCGUCGGCCCCAACGAUGCUGAGUUCGGACCCGACGAUGUGAGGGCAAUGAGCCCGCGGAGGACCAGCGAGGACAUUGAGGCACUUGGCAGAGAGGCCCGGGAAGAACUGAAGAGACACGCAAAGGCUCUCCAAGAUUCUCUUUUGACCAUUUUCAACCGCAUCGAAGCUGUCAGGGAAGAACACGACAAGCUCGAUAAUAACAACAAAUUCCUCCAAAAGUACAUUGGCGAUCUAAUGACAACGAGUAAAAUCACUGCCGCCCCGACUAAGGGCAAGAAAUGA